UCUAUGACAUCAGUGCUGGAAAGGAUUAUUUGUUAAACCAGGACUACCAGUUCAGGAACAGAACAACGCUGUUUCCUUUUCAGUAUGAAAAAGGCAAUUUCUCUCUGUUGUUGACUGAUCUUAAAAACUUUGACACAGGGGAGUACACAUGCUUUUAUCCAAAAGAGAGGUUUGUAAGAAAAGUCAUACUCCAAGUCAAAGGUAUGUAGGCUUGUGCAGUGGAUAAGAAACUUGAUAAUUAGUAACUGAUGACUUUGAUUAUUGCUGUUAAUUUUUUAUAGCUACUGUGUGUAAAUCAUCUUUAUUUUGUACUUCAAACUUCUCUGUUACAUAUUGUUUUUCAGAUGGACCACCCCCAGCCACUCCCAACAGCUCUACAGAGACAAGAGCUGAGCGAGCAGGAAAAACAGCUGCUCUAUAAAGGGGAAGCUGUCCAAAUAUUUUUACAUGGAUGCUUCAGACCUAAGGAGAUAGUCAUGCCAAGGAUUAGCAGUCUGUAUUUAUGUAUGUAUGUCUGCUCUCUAGUGACUGAGAGCUUAACAAUGGCUCCAGUGCGCCCUGGGCACAAUGUGACAAUCAAUUGUUCUCUCAGCACUGAGAAUAUAUACUGGUACGUACAACAACCAGGCAUGGCUCCACUGGCUGUACUUAGAUCAUUUGCAGAUGUUUCACAUGAAGCCAUUUAUUUCAACGACUUCAAGGGAAAAUUUGUACUGCAAACCCAUGGAAGAUUGCUGAUUCAAAAUGUCACAAGGCAGGAUUGCAUGGUUUUCUACUGUGCUGUAACAUCGAAUGAAUCACUUGUUUUCAGCAAUGGAAUCAAGCUGAACAUUGAUGACAUGUGUCCUGAACGUCAACUCAGUACAUUUUCUUUAUUUAUUGCAUCCGUUGUUUCAAAUUGUAUCUUGAUUAUUACAGUAAUCGUGCUGGCAAAGAAGCUCAGCCCACACAGGUAUAAACCUGUGAGGAAACUGGAACCAGUAAGGGAUGAGGCACUGUAUUCUGUGGUACAGAUACCUGGACAAGGAAAUGAAACGAACACCACCAAACUGAUCACAAGCACUUACGCAGUACUGCAGCAUCCAUAACUACACAGCCAAGAUGACUUCAGUGCAAAGCUGACGGUCCUCAGUACAAGGAAGUCUGUGACAUACAAGAGGCCCCGUUUCCUGUCACCCAAACAAAAACUGUUAAAUAAGGGCUUUUCCAUUAUUAUUCUCAGCCAAUUAGAUUUCCUCUUUCUGUAGGUGUUUCUUUUGUAUUUUUUCCUGUUUAUACAGACUAAACAUUUUUUUUCUCAGUAGAAAAAUGAAAUGAGAGUGAAACCAGCAGACAAAACAAUUUAAUUACUUGCUAUGACAAAAAUAAGUGACAUAGCAAAAGGGCACAUUUUUUUUAACUGAAAAUGAUAACUUGUGUAACGUUGCCCAUCAUGGUUUGAUGUAUAUUUCUGUAGAGCUAUAAUACAUUUCUGAUAUAUGCAGAUUUUGUUAUCUAUAGCUCAGUCUCGUUUACCAUAUAACGAGGAAUGGUCAAAAAGCUUAGUGCUGUUUAAAUGAUCAGUUUAAAAGUACAUGAUUUUCAGGUGUUUUACAGGAGGUCAUGAGUGUACAGUUUCUUUGAUAGAGCCCAGUCUACUCUUAGAUGCAGGUACAGUCAGAGCGCUGCACAGUAAAUGUACCCAUUGUCUUCUAAAGUCUUUUUCAUUAUUAUUUUCAUAGUUUCCUCUGACACAACUAGAGAAUAAAAUAUUUUAGCUAUUUCAACGUCAUCUGUACAUUAAAAAGAGCUGAAGCCGUUGCUCUGGUUUUGAAAACAUGGUUGUUACAGACAAAAGAAAAGCAAAAGUAUGUGGUAGAUGAUCAUAUUUAUUUUUAGCUAGUGUACACUGUAAGGUAACCAGAGCAAGGAACGUAACAUAUUGUAACUGCUGUGUUCUUGUUUUAUGUCUUUAUGGUUUUGUUAAUGAUGAGUCACUGUGAAAGAGGACAGCUACAAUUACUUACCGCUCUGUAACUGGGAGGGAGUCUCAGAUGUGGCAUAUUUGUAACUCACCAGAUAUAUUAAUAUCUUAUUUAAGUGGUUAAAUUGAUAUGCUUAUUGGUUUCAAGGUUGACUAAAAUGUUAAAAAA